CAAAACCUGGGACCGAUGGCGCCAUCCAAGUCCCAUCUAGCCUUGCUCCUCGCCGUCGUCCUGCUCGCCACCACGCCGCAGCCUUCGGCGGCCGUCAGGGCCGAGCCCCCUACCCCCUCCACCAGCAAUGGUGCGGUAGCAAAGCCAUCGGCAUGGUGCAUUCCCUGCUUUUCGUUUCUACCACAGUCAUUCUGUAUACCGCCGAUGUUCUGUCCACCAACGCCAAGUGCGCCGCCGCCGCCGCCGCCGCCGCCACCGCCACCGCCAGCAUCGAAGCCGCAGCCGAAAGAGUGUCUACCAUCGCUGAUGGGGCUGAUGCCAUGCAAGGAUUACCUCACCAACAGAACCGCGCCGGAGCCUCCGAACCAAGGCAAGUGCUGCGACGGCCUCAGGUCCCUCUUCGAAAACGCUCCCAUCUGCAUCUGCCGCAUAUCGGACGACGGCGACCUCGACAGGCUCAUGUCGGCACGCCUAGAUGGAGGAAACUUCCUUCAUCUGUCAGUUAUAUGUGACACCACUAUACUUCCAAGUGAUUAUCGAUCUUGCCAAGAAGGACCCGUGCCUCCGCUAAGGGCCGCACCCGCCCCUGAAGCUGCUUCAUAACUGGGCAAAUCAGAGUCAUGAUCGUAGUAUAGAAACAAGGUGGAAGCUAAAGAUGCCGUACCUCAAGAUCCGUCGGUACCAUUGUUAGAAGAUAUACAGUGCGAGUUUUUAGUUUUGAUUAGGGACAAUAUGUAGCUUGAUUUGUGUCAAUCUCUGAGCCGUCUUGGAGAAAAUUUAUUUAUUUGUUACGUUCGUAUAUUUGGUUAGUGAGUGUCCACCCUAUGC